UCUCCUGCAGCACCAAUGGCUUAUUCCACCUUGAAACGUUGGUUGAGGCCUGAGGUGUAUCCACUCUUUGCUGCUGUUGGUGUAGCUGUCGGUAUCUGCGGCAUGCAACUGGCACGGAACAUCUGCACCAACCCUGAAGUGAGGGUCACCAAACAAAACAGAGCUGCAGGAGUUCUUGACAAUUUCGCAGAGGGAGAGAAGUAUGCCGAGCACAGGCUGCGUAAAUUUGUUCGCAAUAAAUCUCCGGAGAUCAUGCCAUCAGUUAACGGGUUCUUUUCAAAUCCAAACUAGGAAAUGAUUCGAUCCCAAAAUGUAAAAAGUUUGAUCUUGUAUUAUUCUCUCAUAUGCUGCUUUUGUUUAAGAUCUAUUACAUUAGU